UUCUGAGUGCCACACGCAUCUCAUCUGCAGGAAGAGCCAGGGGAGUUUUUAGCGCGGAAUUCCGAGAAGCCUGUGCUGGCUUCCCCCACGCCCUCGUUGGAGGUGUUCCACGAAGGACCAAGGCAAAGCAGCCCCAGAGAAGAACUGUCCAGGCGUGGGUCAGCCCGUGGCGUGACGGGCUGUACAUAGGGCUGCGGGGUCGCCGGGGCCGCUGGGGCCCCCGCCCCCUUCCUGGGACCCUCCGCGCCGCCCCGCCUGCCUGACAGGCCACGUGGCCCCAGAGACCCCGGAUCCACAGAAGGCAGCCGCGGGGCACUGGCGAGCUGUGUUUCGUCGCGUUGCGGUUCCCAUGAGGGUCUGGGGGAGGCCCGGGGGCCCAGUGACCUUCCCGGCGUGAGCGUCCCACCCGGCCCUCCCUGCGGAGGCCUCGUGGGGGGCGUCCGGAGCCCGCGGCCGAGAUGUCCAACCCCUUCCUGAAGCAGGUCUUCAACAAGGACAAGACCUUCCGGCCCAAGCGCAAGUUCGAGCCGGGCACCCAGCGCUUCGAGCUGCACAAGAAGGCGCAGGCGUCGCUGAACGCGGGGCUGGACCUGAAGCUGGCCGUGCAGCUGCCCGCCGGCGAGGAGCUCAACGACUGGGUGGCCGUGCACGUGGUGGACUUCUUCAACCGCGUCAACCUCAUCUACGGCACCAUCAGCGACGGCUGCACGGAGCGCUCCUGCCCCGUCAUGUCGGGCGGCCCCAAGUACGAGUACCGCUGGCAGGACGAGCACCGGUACCGGCGGCCCACGGCGCUCUCGGCCCCCCGCUACAUGGACCUGCUCAUGGACUGGAUCGAGCUGCAGAUCAACAACGAGGACGUCUUCCCCACCAAUGUCGGCACGCCGUUCCCCAAGAACUUCCUGCAGGUGGUGAAGAAGAUCCUGUCGCGGCUCUUCCGCGUGUUCGUGCACGUCUACAUCCACCACUUUGACCGCAUCGCGCAGCUGGGCUCCGAGGCACACGUCAACACCUGCUACAAGCACUUCUACUACUUCGUCACCGAGUUCGGCCUCAUCGACACCAAGGAGCUGGAGCCGCUGAAAGAAAUGACCACACGGAUGUGCCACUGAGGGCGCCCUCGGCCCCGUUGCCACCCAGGCUGCGCCCAGGGGACACUGUGACCUGAGAGCCGAGUCUCCAGAACAGGCACCGGUGUUUCCUAGCCCAGCAGGUUCUGUGCUGCCGGGGUUGCGUCUUCGCUGCGAUCCCGGGGUGGCAGCAGCUGUGGGUCCUGGCCUCCCUGAGCCCAUCUCCUCAGCCAUCACGGGGGACAUUGACCUUGAACUGUGAUUCUGUGUGUUCUGAGAAACUGGGAAAACCCACUUUGUUUGGAAACCACUUGCAGCUGCCAGAAGGCUGGCCCCGCUCAGGUCCGUCUCCGCACCAGCCCGCAUGCUUGGCCAGGGGUGGCGGGGCCCAGGCCUGCUUCCAAGCGGUACGAGUGCCCAGCUUCUGUCCUCCCAGCAUCCUCCCCUGGCCACUUCCGACCCCCAGUUCCUCCAGGACGCUUGGCUCCUGUGCGGGCUUCCCAAGCCCAUGCCCACAUCCCAGGUUUCCUGGGGCCCCUUCAUGUCAAGGAAAAGAUGGACUGCGUAGUUUCAUUUACAACCACCAUGAGAUGUUACCAGGGGAAAAAAAAAAGUUUUUUACCUACAAGUAGUGAGCCCCCUCCCCUCUAGAAAAGUGUCCCCUUUCCAUCGUGACUAACAGGACGACUCUCCCAGGGAACGCCUCUCCCUGGUUUGGGACCUUUGAAUUUUGUCGAAUAUGUAGCCAGAAUUGGCCUUUCUUCCCACACCUGCCAAAUUCACCUGAAACCCUUUGUUUGCGCGGCCCUCUGUGGCUCUGGGACCAAAUCGCAGCACUGUCUCCCCGCAGAAGCUUGGGGUGCCCUGCCCAGCCCCCGCCCCGCCCACACACAGCAUCCUUUCGCUGUGGCGGCCCUGCCCACCUGGGCCACACCGGCUCUGAGUACCUCCGGGUGUCUAGGACGCUUGCAGGGAGAGGGGCCACCUCCCGCCACCAGCACCCGACAAGUGCAAUUAACAUGACCUGGGCCUCAGUCCUUCCAGAAGCUGCCGGGGUCCCGCUGCUGGAGUCCUGGAAAGACUGCAGGAAACCGUCCGGUCGAAUGUAGCGCCUCUUAGGUGCAGAACCAUGACCAAACACCAUACCCACUGUGCCCCCCAGGUCACCGGCCAGGUCAGGGAAGGUGGCAGGGCUGUCGGGGGGGGGGUCCCCUGCCUACCGUCCCGCGCCCGUGGGUGUUCCUGCAGGACACCUGAAUAAACCAUGCCACCUCCUUACCUGCAGCUGCCGGUCGUCAUUUCUGUCUUCCUGGCGGGAGGGCCUGGCCUUGGGACGCGUCACCACCAUUGUCCCCAGGGGGCAAAGACGUCUUAGAUGUCACAGCGGUUGGUGGCCCUCCAGAGUGCCCCACGUAGAUAAGCAGACGCACAGAGCAUGGGUGGGAUUGGAAUUGCGCGGGGCGCGGGACGGGCGCGACGGGGACGGGCGUCCAGAAAGCAGGCUGAGAAGCGCCCACCCUCCUCCCUCUGCUUCCCCGCGAGUUGCUUUCAGCACUUAGCAAACGCAAUUUUAACUGUUGCCUCUUUGCUACAUAAAGAAGCUUCCAGAAAACUCUGAACCGAGUGCAGAAGAAUACAUUGAGAGGGAACAGACAGAGGGGUGUUUUCUGUCUCGGCCCCGUCCUAACUAGCCUGUGACCUUGACACAUGAGUUUACCCCCAAAAUCUCUUCUGUGUGAAAAUCGGGAUCGGGUUACUUACUCUCAGAGGUUCUGGGGCCCGCAGGAUGGUCUUUUGGGAGGUGGGUGGAGGCCAGUGCCGCAGCGCAUCCUGCCCCUAGAGGGCGUGCCACGCCCGUCGGAGGGACAGCGCGUCUUGGGGAGGGACUCCACAUCACUUGGAAAUAUCUUCCGAAGGAGCCGCUGUUCCCUUAUCCCUGGACUGUGCAAACGCACUGCAGAGAUUUCCAGGAUCAAUUGAAAGUUUGCGGAACUGUUGCUGUUACUUGGAACAACAGCCCCCAAAGACAUCCACAUCCUGGUCCCGGGACCUGUGGACGUGUCACCUCACGGGGCAGAGGGGACUUUUUUUUUUUAAGAACGUGUAUUGAGAUACAGUUAGCAGACAAUAAACUGCAUUUAUUUAGAGUGUACAAUUUGGUUUUU